AUGUUGAAUGUACGAUGUAUCCGACCGAUUUUGACGAGUAUCGGAUGGGUUCGAACGGCGACAACCAUUCCGCCAGGAGUUGUUGGCAAAAAUAAACGAGUUUUACCUUCACAUAUGUAUAAACCACGACCACGAUGGGAGACAGGUGACAUUGAUCCGUAUCCAAAUUUUGAUUUGAGUAAAAUUUUACGACCUGGUUUUGAAAAAUCCGAAGAAUUGAAAACUGCGGAUGAGACUGUCAAACGUGUUUUUACACUUGAAUAUGCGACUCGUGCUGAAAUCGAAGCUUAUUAUUCAAACUAUUUAGUGAAAGCUGUUCAACGCCAUCCUCUUGAUCAAUCGUCGUACGAAGUUCUCAUCGCCAAGCUCACUGCACGAAUCCGAAUGCACAUGAAAUAUGGCGAUAUCGAUCCACGACGCGCAAGUCGACGAAAAGUCGUUGGUAAUCUUCAACUCAUUCGCAACUUUUUACUGAAUAAGCUAAUGCAUGCUGAUUAUGAUGUUUAUGAAUGGGUGAAGAGUGUUCUACGCAUUGAACACGCACCAGAGAAUCCAUUUGUUACCCAAGUCGACUAUGACGAUCGCGAAUUGGAACGAAUGCGACUUCAGCAACAGGCAUAUGAAGCCGUUCAAAAGAAGAAAGACGAACUGAAAGCGCGUUUUGCGGGUGAAAAACAGAAGUUUGAAAAAGAAAAAGAAAGUUUGCUGAAUGACAUUCAACGUGAUUUGCAAAAUCUACGUCUCGACAUUGCGAAAUACAAUGAAAUCCGUCGACAACGAACAAGAACGACUGUUGAAUGA